UGUGUGUGUGUGUGUGUGUGUGUGUGUGUGUGUGUGUGUGUGUGUGUGUGUGUGUGUGUGUGUGUGUGUGUGUGUGUGUGUGUGUGUGUGUGUGUGUGUGUGUGUGUGUGUGUGUGUGUAGUGGUGUAUACUAUACAGGAGGUGGAGAAGGGGGCGGCCCCUCGUUAAUGCCGUUGCCAAGGGAACGGCGUCACCCCGCCGGACUAUAAAGCUAAGGGACGCUGACGGCUCGGACAGUAGAGAGAGGAGACCCAACACACACGCACCUCUACACACACACAUACACCGGUACACACCCACACACUGCAACCACAUACACACUUACACACACACACACACUCACAACGCUACACUCACACAAACCACUACACACAGACACACACACACUCACACACACAGACCGCUACAGAAGUCCUCCAAUUCUAAAGUCGUCCGGAGUCCGCGCGCUCAGAAUGCGUUAUGACGUGCAGCCGCAGAACAGAGAGAGAGAGCAGCCAGAGGCCACGCCCCUCACAGCCACGCCCCUCAUAGCCACGCCCCAAAGACCUGCGAGCUACCAUGGCGACGGACAGCGGGUGUCGACCAAUAGCAGGGAGCGCUGGCGCCAGCAGAGCGUGGGCGGAGCCUUCUCCUCGCUGCGGGCGCUGCUGCCGGCCCACCCCCCCGACAGGAAGCUGAGCAAGAACCAGACGCUGCGCCUCGCUCUGCGCUACAUCCACUUCCUGUCCACACUCACCACAGAGGAGGGGGGGCGGAGCCCUAGUGACCAGGUGGGGGCGGGGGGGAGGAGCCUGAGUGACCAGCUGUGA